AUGGCUACCGAGACAUUCACCCUAAACACAGGUGCAAAGAUCCCAGCCGUGGGCUUCGGCACAUGGAAGGCCGGACCUGGCGAAGCAGCGGCCGCAGUGCAGGCUGCUUUUGAUGCAGGGACUGCGCUCCUCUAUGUACGCUGUACCAUCAUGCACACUACCGAGCACAGGCUAACCUCAACAGACGGCAACGAGGCAGAGAUCGGCCAGGUGUUCAAGAAUACCAAAGUACCGCGCGAGGAGUACUUUGUCACGACGAAGCUAUGGUCCUCCGACCACCGCCGCGUCGCAUCCGCACUGGACAAGUCCCUCCGCGAUCUCAACCUCACCUACGUGGAUCUCUACCUGAUGCACUGGCCCGUGACACUCGACCCAUCUCCAAAUGACGCGAACUACGGCCAAGAAGACCGCACUGUGCAUGCGAAGAGCUGGGAUUUCCGCGAUACAUGGCGCGCGAUGGAAAAGCUAAUUGAUACGGGCAAAGUCAAGGCAAUUGGCGUUGCGAAUUUCUCGACCCUUAAUCUGAAGAAACUGCUGGAGACCGCGAAGGUUGUCCCAGCCGUAAACCAAACCGAGAUCCAGCCGCUGCUUCCGCAGGAUAAACUCCAUGCUUUUUGCGAUGAACAUGGGAUCCAUCAGACAGCGUUUGGACCGUUGGGUGGAUCGGGAAGUACACUACACCAACAACCGGUCAUUGCCUCAAUUGCGAAAAGAAGAGACUGCGAUACGGGAAACGUAAUGCUCAGCUGGGGCAUUCAGAAAGGAUGGAGCGUCAUACCCAAGAGCACGAAUCCAGCGCGAAUUGAGAAGAACCUGAAGGGGAACUUUGUGCUUGAUGAGGCCGAGAUGAUGGAGAUGGAUGGAUUGGCGGUGCCGAAGGGGAAGAGGUUCAAUCGGCCGAAUUGGGGGACGGUGGUUUUCCAUGAUGACGAGGCGGUUGACUUGGAGUAG